CUUAAAAGAAAAAAACCCAAAACCACCGAAAGGCAGAGAUAGAGAGCCCUCUACUUUUUUUAACACAAAGAGGACUGAAAAUCUUCACUUGCGGGUCAUCUAUCUUCUCCUACGGCAACCCGAAAACACAACAUCAACAUGCAGCCUGAAAACUGUCAGGAGAAUUCACAGUUGUACCGGUUUCUUACCGAGAAUGGAAUGAUUAACGUUGGUCCAUACGGUUUUCCGGCUGCGAUGCAAACCUUGUGUACCUCAUCUUCCACUUCCUACCAUAACAGUAAUUACCACUUUGAAAGGUCUGUGAUAACUGACAUGACACCAGAAGAUAGAGCUCUUGCUGCUUUGAAGAAUCACAAGGAAGCUGAGAAGAGAAGGAGAGAGAGGAUUAACUCUCAUCUUGAUAAGCUCAGAGGCCUCCUUCCUUGCAAUUCCAAGACAGACAAAGCUUCACUUCUAGCAAAGGUUGUUCAAAGAGUUAGAGAACUGAAACAGCAGACCUCAGAGCUUCCUGGACUUGAAUCUUUCCCAUCAGAAACCGAUGAAGUCACUGUACUUUCUGGUGAAUAUUCAAGUGAUGGACAAUUAAUAUUCAAGGCAUCUCUGUGCUGUGAAGACCGAUCGGAUCUCAUGCCAGACCUAAUCGAGAUACUGAAAUCUCUACACUUGAAGACAUUGAAAGCAGAAAUGGUAACACUAGGAGGAAGAAUUAGGAAUGUUCUUAUCAUUGCGGCUGACAAAGAUCAUAGUGUCGAGUCGGUCCAUUUCUUGCAAAAUGCAUUGAAGUCUUUACUAGAACGCUCGAAUUCUAGCGAAAGAUCGAAAAGGAGAAGGGUAUUAGACCGAAAAUUAGUAAUCCAAUGAUGAUUAAUAUCGUUCAUGUGCUUGUCUUAGUCUCCUUUUAAUCUUUUUUUUUGGGAUAUUCUUAGGUGUUGCAGGCUUGUGUUGUAUUAAUCUCUAUUGUGUGGGUUUGUUUGUUUUAGUGUAAACCCCAAAGAAUUGAAGAUAAAAAAAAAGAAGGGAAACGUAUUUGUGUCAUUUAGUCUGGGUUUUUAACUGGUCUAGGGUUUUAGGAUAUUCUCAGUCUCCUUCAUGGGAUCAUAUCUUACAUGUAAGGGGAUCAUAGAGCAGAAGAAUCUAAGAAUCUGAACUGAAGAUGACGAAGAAGAUCAAAAAUCUUUGGACGUUGUGUGACUACGGUGUCUGUAAAAGCAAAAAACUCAAGCGAGUUUCCAAGUAGAGUUGAAGAGUAUUUCUCAGUGUGUAGUACAAGGCAUGUCAAUCUCCUACAUAGAUUUCAUAUGAUUGUCUUCUGUAAUGAUAUUUGGCAGUACAAGGCAUGUCUUUAUCUACUUUUCUUCAAUGUAUGUGUAGAACUGGAGUUCCGUUAUUGAGCAUUUUGUCUUUAAUGUACUCUGAUUUUAAAGAAAGCAAGAGAAGGAAAAGAUUUUGAAGUUA